CAUUUUCCGAUGCAAAGCUCACUUUUGUUCACGGUUGCACGGUUCUGUCAAUGCGAACGCAUAAGCAGGGUCAUUUCAAGACAUAAGAGUGGCGGUAUUCGGUUCAAGUCCAGUUCAGCGCAACCUUGGGCUCCGCUACCGUCCGAUGGAUCAGCAGCACUGUGCCACCAUUUGCCCGAUUUACCUGUUCGAGCAGCACCAUGGACUCCGCUCAGCUGAUCCGCUUCCUUCGCACGGCAUGUCCGCUCGGCGCCUCGCUCAGCGUCCUGGUAACGAUGGUGAGCUGCGUCAUUAUCGUCAAGGUGAACAACAUUUGGGUCAGCGGACUUACAUGGCCGUUCCUCUCGGACAUGGGGCGAGACUACCCGGCCUACUACGUGUUCGGUACGGGACUCACGCUCGUGGCCAUCCUGCUCGUAUUCACAUGGACAUUCAACUGGCGCUACCACAUGACGGCGUUACCGGAGGAUGCCACAGUAUACCGCGUGCUUUCAACCAUUAGCUGGAUCGCCGGUGUCCUGGCCAACCCAGGUCUCCCCGUUCUGGCCUUUUUUGACACGUCCAAGCACUCGAAGCUCCAUGCUGCAGGCGCUGAGUGGUUCUUCUACAUUGAAACUAUUGCUGUUCUCCUCAACACCAUCGUAAGCUACAAGCUGUACAAGAUGCUGACGGGAUUGCAGAUGGACCUAGAAAACGCUUGCUCGACUAUGGGAGCCAAGAUGCAACGAAGGAAAAAGACGUUGAAGAUCCAGGUCAUCUUCUUCUCGCUCUUCUUCGUAGCGUUCCUCAUUUACAUGCCCAUCGGAACUUCAGUGGCCCCGCAAUCGCAACGUCUCUCUAUUGACGACUGCAUUGAUAAGGGACUCGGCGAGACCUACUGUGAGGUGACGAUGCGCCUCAAUUCGACGUCUACCACGCUUUACGACGAUGAAAAGACGUACGGCACGAGCCAAAUGCGUGCUGCCGCCCAGCUUGCGUGCAUCCUGACGCUGGUUGGCUACUCAGCUUCCUUUAUCACCAACGACUACGAUGAUUCGGAAGGUCAGGACUUCACCCCAGAUGCCAAGAUUGCCGUGCUGCAGUAAACUAACGUCGGUAGAUUUAUCUGGAACGGAUGAAAAUUAGAAAAUGGUAAGCUAGAGCUUUUGUUCGACUUGUAUGCUGUAGACCUCGUACUUGUUGUGUCGGAAGCUUGUGUUUCGACUUAAGUUUCACGUAGAGAGUUCUGCGCCCAUGGACACGAGUUUAUGAGUACAAGAAAGAAUCGAAUAAUCGAGUCUCGGUCUAUCACUUCACGGUGUCUGUUGUGCUAACGAAGCUGAGCAAUGCCAACUGCUGCGUUAGUGCGUGUGCUUCGGGCAGUGUGUCUCUGGCGGCUA